AAAUCCAAUUUGACAGUUCCUUCCGACAGACAAAAACACACCGAAAAAAUAUCGAACCUUCCGGGAGAAAAUGGGUUCGCGUGGAAUACUGCAAAUUUUCUCACCGAAAGGUUUUGGCUUUCUAAACAACAGAUUCCCGGCCCGAUCUACAUCGAUUGGUGUGGCCAUUCCAGCGGUUGCCGCGGUGGGUGCGUGCAAUUGCAUCAUCGCGAACCAGCAACCCAUCAUCAGCCGACACUUGUUCACACCGGCGACCACCAGCAACCAUCGUCUCCAGCGACCGUCGCCGAGUUCCUCCAGAUACAGUACAGCACUGCAGAGCACGCGGUCGUUCUACACUUCUAACAUUCUGCACAAAAAGGACUAUUACAGUACGCUCGGGGUGACAAAAAACGCGUCACCGAAGGAAAUAAAAAAGGCGUACUAUCAGCUGGCGAAAAAGUACCAUCCCGACACAAACAAGGACGAUCCGAAUGCGGGGAAGAAAUUUCAAGAAGUUUCCGAAGCGUAUGAGGUUCUGAGCGAUGAAACGAAGCGCCGUGAGUAUGACACAUUCGGACAAACUUCCGAACAGAUGGGUCGGUCGGGUGCUGGUCCCGGCCCGGGUGCGGGACCGCAAGGAUUCUCCCAAAACUGGCAGUUCCGUUCGACAAUCGAUCCGGAGGAACUGUUCCGGAAGAUUUUUGGCGACGGUGGCUUUCAGACGGGCUUUGACGAUUUUAGCGAUUCCAAGUUUGGGUUCGGCGGUGCACAGGAGGUCAUGAUGAAUCUUACCUUUGCCCAGGCGGCACGGGGUGUUAACAAGGACAUCGAUGUGAAUGUGGUCGAUACGUGCCCAAAGUGUACGGGCUCACGGUGCGAACCGGGCACCAAGCCAGGCAAGUGUCAGUACUGUAACGGUACCGGUAUGGAAACGAUUUCAACGGGACCGUUUGUGAUGCGCUCGACCUGUCGCUACUGUCAGGGCACGAGGAUGUACAUCAAGUACCCUUGCCUGGAGUGUGGCGGCAAGGGACAGACUGUACAGAGAAAGCGGGUAACUGUGCCGGUGCCGGCCGGAAUCGAGGAUGGACAGACGGUUCGGAUGAACGUUGGAAGCAAGGAGAUUUUCAUUACAUUUAGAGUUGAAAAAAGCCGCUACUUCCGAAGGGAUGGAGCUGAUGUGCACACGGACGCGAACAUUUCACUCUCACAGGCGAUACUCGGUGGCACGAUACGCGUCCAGGGUGUGUACGAGGAUCAGACGAUUCAAAUUACGCCCGGAACCUCGUCGCACGCUCGAAUCACACUUACUGGGAAGGGUUUGAAGCGGGUGAACAGUUACGGCAGCGGCAAUCAUUAUGUACAUUUGAAAAUUCAAAUUCCAACUAAGCUUACGCCUAAGCAAAAGGCGCUUAUACAGGCAUAUGCAGAACUCGAAGAUGAUACACCAGGACAGAUCAUGGGCGUAACGUUUAAAACGGACGGUAAGUCAUCCACUUCCGGUUCAGAUUCUAGCAGCAGUUCAUCCACAUCCUCCUCUCGGUCAUCCUCUUCAUGGUCCUCAUCGAACGUAUCCGACAAACAUACGCAGGGCGCUCGUGAUGAAGAAGGUUACGAUACAUACAAACCGCACGAUCCAACCGAUACGCAUGAAUAUCGUAAGGAGCGGUUGGAUUCACGCUUUUACUACGCCCUUGGGGCACUGCUUGUGAUGGGUUGGUUUGUGUACUACACGAACCAGCAGACGAACGCCCGUUACGAACGAGAACGGCUGGAAGCACUCGAACGGCAAAGAGUAGCUCGGGGAGGCUACAAGGAUGUGACAAGCCCGCUCGAUGAGGCCUAA